AUGGAGGAACUGCUGUCGCUGGCCUGGUCCCACAAUCCCCUAACCACCCUCAAGGUCAUCUACAAGAUACUAUUGGACCAUCAUGACGAAAUAUUCCGCACGAUGAUAAUUUGGCUCCACCAGAACCACCCCAAGACCCUAUCAUGCAACAUCGAGCCUAUUGCCGGAUUGUUCGUGGAUUUCUGGCAAUUUUGCAAACUUCUGAAUGUGCAUCUAGUUCUAAAAGACGAACGCCAAGUUGUUGAAGAUGGCUUUCCCCGGAUUAGAUUUGAAACAAGCCAUGACCUAGAACAAGGCCAAGACGUGAGGCAGCAAAAGCAAAUGGCUGUCGAGAGGUACGGGCGUGACCCGGAGUAUCGCUUCUUACACGAGUUUAUUUCAGACAUUUUUGCAGAGUGCUUGAAGUCUGAUAUUGAAAAACUGAAGCAUCAAAAUCUGAAGCACUCUGAUGAUGAUGAUGAGAAAGACAACUGGUCGAAGAUAACCGAUGCUGCAACCAGUUGCCUUUCCAUGGGCACCAACUUUAACGACCCCACUCUGCUGCGGCAGAGCAUAGCGAGGAAAGUUUUUCCCCGAGAAUCAUACCCAGAAUACCAAGGUGUUGAGGAGACCGAUUAUGCAGAGUCUGUCCUAGAUCGCCUCAGAAAGGAGGUUUUGCUGCCCUUGGACAAGUUGGACAAAGCCUACGAAUCUCAAGACCGUGUAGUUGAGAAGUAUUUGGAGGAGGUGAAAGCUGGCAAGUCCAAGAUUGCACCAGAUGCUUUGCUUCCGCAUCAAAUCAUAAGGUAUGUGAAUCAUUGGAAUUUCGGGCAAGUGGCUGAGCUUCAGUGGAAGGCCAUGGUGGAGGGUAUAAAAAAGCAAGGGAAAUUAAACGGCAAGAAGAUACUCAACAACUGCUUGGCUGUAUGCAACCUCCAGUCCAUGUUCAAGCCCGGGAUGCGCAGCAUGGACUCAUCCGUGGGGCUUACACUUUUGAUAUCUGAACUGAAUGAAGAGCCAUGGAAAGGAAAGGUAAUCCAUUUCAGUUCGAAUCCUCGGCUACAUCUGAUAAAAGGCGAUGAACUUACUUACAGGUGCGACUUUUUGACAAGGAGAGUGCCCUACAAUUGGUGUUGGAAGGUUGACUUUGAGAAGGUGCUUGAUUUGAUUCUAGAAGAGGCUGUGAAUGGGAAUUUGAAGCCAGAGCAGAUGAUCAAGAAGGUGUUUGUCUUCACCGAAUCCACAGACUUUGAUUAUGCUAGGUCCAAGCCUAAUAAUGAGGAGUCUGAUAACGAGGAUUCAGAUAACAGUUGGAAGACUAUUUAUGAGGGAAUACAGAGAAAGUAUAAGGAGAAAGGGUAUGAUAAUGCGGUGCCACAUAUUGUGUAUUGGAAAAUGUGGUCUUGUCUCUCCGAUCCUAGGUGGUGGGUGAAGUCUUCCGAACAACCUGGGGUGACGAUGCUGGAAGGCACCGCUGACAAUUUGCUCAUGUUGGUCUUGGACAAUGGAGGGGAAAUUUCCCUGGAACUUAUCAUGGAAGCAACUAUCUCAGGCAAAGAGUAUCAGAAGCUGCUUGUAGUGGACUGA